AUGAAGAAGAGCAAGAGGAACCCUACCACAAGGAUCAAUGAGCGAGAUGCCAUCUCUGUCCCAACCUCCCAGGAUCCAAGAAAUCUUCAAAAUAUGUUGGAUGGAGGAGAGUAUGCCCCUUUUGUAUCUCCUCCCAUAUUAGAGAGCAAUUUUAUCCAGGUUAACAGGAGAGGCGAAUCCAUUUACCUUCAUAACCGAGCCAACUGGGUGACUGUAGGCAUCUGCUCUUCCAGUGAAACCCGCAAGACCCCCAACGUGAUGCUUCUGGCACAUCUGACACCUGAAGCUCAGAAAAACACAAAAUCCCUGUUUCAAAGUCUCCUGACAUCUCCUUCACCGCAGAACCUGGUGCUCACCAGGUUCCUCCCUCUGCAGUUUGUGACCCUUUCUGUGCACGAUGCUGAGAACAUGCGCCUCAAAGUAAAGCUGGUGAGUGGUCGAGCCUACUACCUACAGCUCUGCGCCCCUGCGUGUAAACAAGACACCCUCUUUUGUCAGUGGGUGGAACUCAUAUCCAUCUUGAAUGAGGAAAAAGCCAAAGUUUCCAAAUUGUCGGAAGUCUCAAGCCUCUCAGAAAUCACGAAUAGCACCGACAUCACGGGCUCGGGGGACAUCAUGGAUAUUGCAGCUUCCACAACCCUACAGAGCCCAACCUUGUACUUGUGUUCAGAACCUGUACAUGCCGUAGAAAGCACUGAUUUCUCAGAUUUCACCGAUGUCACCGACGUCACUGAUGUCACUGACGUCACAGAUGUUCCAGAAAAUGAGGUCACAGAGGCCCCAGAUAUAAAUAUUGUCACAGAAGUCACAGAAGUCACAGACCUCUGUGACGUCCCAAACUGCUCGGAGGUCACAGUGGUGUUUGAAAAUGAUGACAUACUAAGGGCCAAGCAAGAGGAAAAGGAAAAAAUGGGAAACACUCUGAAGCCUGGGUGUCUACGAGAUACAAAAAUUAAGAACGAGUUCAAAGAAUCCUCAAAACAUGUCACCAUCUCAAAUGUAACGCUGACUUUCCAAGGUGAACGAUGUUUUCAUACUACCUUGACUCAAGAAGAAAGUGACACAAGUUCAUCCAAAGAGCUGAGCGCCAGAUCCUCUGAAAUAAGGACAACUGAAUUUAAAAGCCUAGCUCUCAAGGCUGAAGAAUCCAGGAGCAUGAGAAUUGACUCGGUCACCUCAGGCUUACAUAGUUUUUCCAUUUUCCCUCUGAUUAGCAUUUCCUUACCCGUUGCCACACUCCUCUGAAUCACUUUUUUCCCCUUUCAUACUUACUUACUCUCAUUUUACACUUCCUACCCCAAGAAGAGCAAAGAUUAGUAGAAUCUUACUUCCUUGUCCCUGGAAUUUAGACUGAAUGUAGACGAAAAAUGAGUCGGUGAAUCUGAUUUCUAUUCCAAGCAG